GCACUUCACGAACGAGGGGUCAAAAGAAAGACGUCAAAUUCAAAACACAACUCCGCCAUUUCUGCAGUGCUCUGGUGAGUGAGCCAGACCUUUCGAAUUUGAAAAUCAUCGUAUUUAGCUAGAAACUCUACUCGUUUUGUUGAUAAACCGAUAAAUCUGAUACCGCAACAUGCCAGCGCUUGACGAAAUCAAAUCCUCCUGGGCCGAUGAGGUGGAGCUGGACUCCGGAUCGCUUCCUCCGCCAACGGAAAUCGUCGAAAAUGGGCAGAAAAUCGUCACCGAGUACAAAUACAACAAGGAUGACAAAAAGUGCAAGGUGGUCCGGACGUACAAGAUCACCCGGCUAGUCGUGCCGAAGAGUGUGGCCAAGCGGAAGGCAUGGGCCAAGUUCGGCGAUUCGGCUAACGACAAACCGGGACCGAACCCACAGACGACGAUGGUCUCGGAAGAUAUCUACAUGCAGUUCGUGAGCAACAAGGAAGAAGAACAGAAAUCGGAAAAUCCACUGGACUCGCUGAAGAACGUUGCCAAGUGCCGUAUCUGCGAGGGCGAGCAUUGGUCGGUGCAGUGUCCGCUGAAGGGUACUACGUACGAAACAGGAAAGGUCAAACCGCCACCAUCCGCCCAACCGGAGUCCAGCGGUCCGCCAAUCAAGAGUGGCAAAUAUGUGCCGCCCAGCAUGCGUGACAGCCAAAAGGCCGGCCCGGGAGGAGCGAAUCAACGGGGCCGAGACGACACCACCGCCAUCCGUAUUUCCAACCUUUCGGAGGCGAUGACCGAAGCCGAUCUGGAGGAGCUGGUCAAAAAGUUCGGUCCGCACAGCAAAAUGUUCCUGGCCCGGGACAAGAGCACCGGCCUUUGCAAGGGAUUCGCCUACGUUCAUUUCAAGUCCCGCCGCGAUGCCGCCACCGCUAUCGAGCUUCUCAACGGCCACGGUUACGAUCAUUUGAUUCUGAACGUCGAGUGGUCCAAGCCGCAGAAUCCCCAGUAGAUUUGAUUACAGGUAAGAGGCAACAGUUGAUGGAUGUGAGUUGACAUGAGAGGUAUUGGCAGGUUUUUCCACCGUACGAUAAUGAUACACUGAAUAAAAAGGAUGGAGUUGACCAGGAACAGGAAA